UGAUGAUGCUGUGCAUUUCUUUGACAUUUUAUAUGAACAAUCUAACCAACGCUUGCAUUCAGUAUUCUUCGUCACUACAAGUAAAACCUGAAUCAUUUCAAGAUCUUGCUUACAAGGGGAUAAAUAUAAUAUUUUUUGACCUAGCAAUCAAUGGAUCGGAUGAUGAAACAUUUGUUGAAGCUGAAAAACGUAGAAGAUGGGUAUGGAUUGCAGAAGAUCAGCAGUACGUCUUGGGUUAUCCGGAGGAUGUUGACGUCUUCAGUUUUGGUCUACUGAAAGCAAAACAAGAUUCUUUCAAAGUCAACAUUUCCAUAGGAAACUUUACAACGGAUUGCCGAUUUCAUUUUGACAAAUACCUUUCGCAAUAUCUUAUGCAUAUUAUUUAUGAAAAUGGUACCAUCUCUAACGAGAACAAUAGACACAUCUGCCAUUCAAAACUUGAAUCCUAUGAUAAAGUAUCAAAAUUCAUGAUCAACUUAUCUGGCGUUAAAAUAGGAUAUCGUUUUUGGUGCCUAACUGAGAACAACGAAUUCAAAGUUGUGGGAAAAUCUUAUGUAAAUGUAAUUGUUAUUAUUAUCAUAUUGUUCCUGUACGCGUUUUAUCCACUCAUCAUAGAAAUGGCAUUUUACACUCACAGUACAAACUACAAAACCCAGUUCUACAGAUAUUACAAGUCAGAUUCUCCUUACAGCCCAGCGAGGUUUCUUUUACGAUUAAUUUAUACAGGAAGUAAUAAGUAUUUUGCAGCUUUGCGAAUUAUUAUCCUUAUUAUGGUUCUUACAUCCCUAGUAUAUCUUGCAAAAUCAGAGGUGUUCAGUAAAUGCGAUUGCUCUUUAAAGUCUUCCAACGACGAAGGACCAUUUCAGCAUGCAGAAAAUUUUUAUAUGACUACCAAAAAUAGUUUAAAGGUUGCAUGGGGCGUAUUGAAUUUCGCACUCGUCAAUUUAUGUGUUUUGAUAAAUUCUGGCGGCAUACUUGACGAUUUUCUCAUCAUUGAUUUAAGUAAUAUUCGUACAGAUGGGAAUAUAUUCAGGCUGAUUCCAGUUGUUGUAUUUCUACCUGAGGAGACAACAGAAGCUCUCCAAUCAGACGAAAUGAAAAGUGACUCAAGAACGUACGAUACUACGAUAGAGAUGUUAAAUGAUACUAAUACAAAGGAAGACAUGCAAUUUGAAAAAUCUUUAGUGUCAUUUAAAAUUCACAAGCUGUCUUUAAUACUGUCCUACACAUUUUGGACUAGAAUAUUUUUCAUCAGGGGUGUUGAUUUUGAGUGUCGAUGGGCUUAUGCUACUUCAGUUAUAAUAUUUCCUUUUAAUGCAAUGCUCAUAUUGUUUAAUGCUAUUUGCCCCAUCAUUUCAAUUUUUUAUGUUUUCUUAAGCAAAUUUUUUACGUGUAUACUUUUCUGUAUAAGUAACUGUUGUUUAAAUGAGAAAAAUGAGGACCAGAGUAAAGACAAACAAAAUACUGAAGAAAGAAGAACUGAAAUUGCAGAAGGAAAGGGCGAACGCUCUUUACAUCAUUGUGAAAACAAGGAGAGAACUGAACAGCUACCAAAAAGGACAGAAAAGUCUUUCAAAGAAAAAUUAAGGUCUCUAGUUUGCAAUUUAUUUUGUCAUGCUGCUGCGGGGACAUACAUAGUUUUGUCAUAUGAGUAUUCUUUCAAUAUUUUCUUUUAUGGGAUGAGUUACCUUGUUCAGUUUUUUAUUUAUACAGUAUUGUUGGCACUUCCCCAUUACCCUGUUCAGGUUUUCAUCUAUAUCAUAUUUGUGACCUCUGUCAUAGUAUACCUUUUUCGCUACGUUCACCAGUUCAUAGAGUUGUAUAAAAAUCUCUUGAAUGAAAUUUUUGAAAUUACUGAGGAAACCAGUAUAUCUACACAGGAUUUUAAUACAAUUGUUGCUAAAUACUUUCCUCUGAAAAACGAAGCCUUUUAUUUGCUUCUUAAAAUUACAGUAAGUAGUUUAUUUUUUAUAAUAAUAUUUGAUACUAUGCAAAAAGUAGAAUAUAUAAAAAUUGGUGCUCGAUUAGACUGGACUACUGUGGUUUCACUCCUUUUCGUUUUUGGUCCACCUCGAAUAGUGGAGGAGCUUCUUAUAACAGACUUUACAAGCAGGGUUCAUAUGAAGCGGUCGGAAAUAAAGAAAUAUAUCAAUGAAAUGAAAACGGGGAAAAUUGAAUGUAUUCAUAACGAAGGCGUUCUUGCAGAUUAUGAGAAAGACUGUUUAAGAGGAUGUAGUGAACGUGCUGGUCAAUGUAAAUGUGAAAAUACAUUUAAAUCUAAAAGUAUAUCACGAUCAUCGAGUGAAGAAAUUAUUCUCUGUAAGGAGGGAUGCAGAUACUGUGAAUGCUGCUGUGUAUUGAGAUUAAUUUGCACUUUUUCUUGUGGUUGUCUUAAUUGCCCAAUUGACUCUCAAAGAAGAUGUGAUUUCUGUGAUGCUUAUGCAGUUAAGGAAACUUCGAAUGCAAUUGAAAUAACUAAUAAAAGGAUUAUGCUUAAAUGUCAUUGCUACCCACCAACUGAAACACAAAUUAAAUUAGAAAGUACAUCGGAACAAAUAUGUUUUGAAGAUACACGUUUAUAGACUUGAAUGGACAAGGAAUAUUACGUACUCAGUAUAAUAUAACAAUUGAAGUAAAUAAAAGAACUGAAAAAGUAUGUAUAUAAGCGUAAAAAGAUGCAAUAAUGUUGUAAAUUUUU